UGCCAAUUGACAGUGACAGUGACAGCCCUUAGCUAGCCAGUUAGUAUUUAGAUAGAAAAUCGAGUAAACAGCUGGAUCCACUCUCCUGCACGAAUCAGAAUAUGUUAUCCAAUUCGCCGCCGGGUUACUGGUCCUACUACGAGUCUCCUCUCCAUCCCAGCCUUUCCGCACAACACCGGCCGCUAGACAGCCGUACACUGCGUUGGGGGUGUCAUAGCUCUCCAGCACCCAGGAAGCUAAGCACGCCAGAGCCAGUCCGACAAGAACUAGCGCUCCGAAGAGCUUGGCAUCCUGUAGUGGCGAGAGAGCCGUGGGAAUCUACUGGACAGAAUACUGCCAGGACUGGCGAGAGCAACAUGAACACACGGUCUCUACAGGGACCUGAUGCCCGGCUCAAUCUAAUACGGCUGGUGGUAGUUAGCAGGAGUGGUAGCAGAGGAAGAACCACAGUGAGCAGCAGUUUGGCGGGAUGAGUGCUGCAGCGACGGACCAAGCUGACAUCCUCACUGUGCUUGUCCUGGUCAAGGAACGAUGGAAAGUGACAAAGAAGAUAGGCGGCGGUGGCUUUGGGGAGAUCUACGAGGCGUUGGACCUGCUGACCAGGGUCAGUGUUGCUCUGAAGGUGGAGUCAGCACAGCAGCCUAAACAGGUCCUCAAGAUGGAGGUGGCUGUCCUCAAGAAACUCCAGGGUAAAGAACACGUGUGUCGCUUUGUUGGAUGCGGCCGCAAUGACCGCUUCAACUAUGUGGUGAUGGAGCUUCAGGGGCGUAACCUGGCAGAGCUGAGGCGCAGUAUGACGCGGGGCACGUUUACAGUCAGCACCACCCUGAGACUGGGACGACAGACACUAGAAGCUAUAGAGAGCAUCCACUCUGUUGGCUUCCUGCACAGAGACAUCAAACCGUCCAACUUUGCCAUGGGCCGGUUCCCCAGUACCUGUAGGACCUGCUACAUGCUGGACUUUGGCCUGGCACGCCAGUUCACUAACUCCUGCCAAGAGGUUCGACCGCCUCGCCCAGUAGCAGGGUUCAGAGGCACAGUCCGCUAUGCGUCCGUCAACGCACACAAGAACAAGGAGAUGGGUCGGCAUGACGACCUGUGGUCCCUCUUCUACAUGCUGGUGGAGUUCAUGGUUGGACAGUUGCCAUGGAGAAAGAUCAAAGACAAGGAGCAUGUAGGGAAGCUGAAGGACAGCUAUGACCACAGGCUCAUGCUGAAACACCUCUCUCUCUCUCUCUCUAUCUCUCCCUCCAUCUCUCUAUCUCUCCCUCCAUCUCUCUAUCUCUCCCUCCCUCCCCAGGAGCAUGUAGGGAAGCUGAAGGACAGCUAUGACCACAGGCUCAUGCUGAAACACUUGCCAGCUGAGUUCACUGUCUUCCUGGAUCACAUCUCUAACCUGGACUACUUCACCAAACCAGACUAUCAGCUGCUGUUGUCAGUGUUUGACAACAGUAUGAAGACCUACAACGUGGUGGAGAAUGACCCGUAUGACUGGGAGAGGACUGGGUCUGAUGGCACUCUGACCAUCAACGCCAUAGCCACCACACCACAGCACCACACACGACUUACCCCAGCACACAUGGGCAUGGCCAAUGCAUCCCUGAUCCCUGGGGACCUGGCGAGGGAGAACACAGAUGAUGUUCUGCAGGACGAGCAGCUUAGUGACAACGGGGAGAACAACCCUCCUCCAGACCGCCGCCCCGGAUCCCCCAGCAUGCCCCGGGCCAACCAGGAAGCUGACGUCUGGGAGGAGCUGGACCGUAACCGUAACCGCAUCAGGACCGCUGUGUGGAAGGCAGCAACAGAGGAGGAGCACAGCAACAACCAGGGGGGUCUCCAGAGCCCGUAUGCCAACCUCAGCCUGGGCUCCCCUGUCCGGGUACACUCUGAGAUGGUGGGGGUGUCAGGACAGGAUGGUGGUAGUCCUCUCCUCAUGAAGCUCCGUAACAUCCACAGCUUUGAGCUGGACAGGAGGCUGACCCUGGAGACCAAGCCCAGUCCUGAACGGUUCAUGGAGGCGUGCUUAGGGAAUCAGCAGGAGAAGGGCCUGGCUGUACCCACUGGAGGUGCCACAGGACCAGGGCGUGGUGGCACUGACCGAGUCUGGCACAAUGACGAGGAGUUCCUAUCCGGUGGCGGUGCCAGCGGCUCACCCAAACCCGUCUCCCCUCACUCCCACAGGUCUCUGGAACAGGGCGAGGGGGCCCCCAGCAGCGGAGGCUUCGUGGCCCUCAACCUGAGCUCCGGCCAGGGGAAGGUGGACUCCAGGGAGUGUGUGAUGAUGGAGAGGCCCAGUGGGUUCCCAGGGACAGGAAUGGGGGAUAAAGCUACGACCAUCCCCUCCAAGGAGGAAGAAGAGGAGCUGGAGGUGCUGGAGGUACCCCUGAGAGCAGGAGAGGAGUCCACGGGGAACCCCAGCCCUGGUCAGGUCCAUGGGGAUGGGGAUCUCCAGGGGCAACCAGGCGCCAGCGGACGACCCCCCAGGGUGGACAGGCUGGAGCUGAGUGUGGGACCUACGGGAAGCCUGCCCCCCGUCACCCCCUCUAGCCCUGCUGAUGCCCUGGCUGAGGGAGCACUGACACAGCUCCCUACCUCUCCUCCAUCUCUGCCUGAGGAAGUGUUGGCCAGGAUGUCCAGUCCCCUGCUCCUGCGUUCCCCAAGCCCGCACUCCCAGACCCUCCUCACCACCCUGUCGGACCCCCUGCACCAGAGGGACCCCCCUGGGAUGAGUCGCAGCUACUCAGCCGACCACCACCACCAGUACCUCCUCCAUCCCACCUCCUCUUCCUCCUACCACGCCUCCCUACCGCCACCUCCUCACCCCGGCCUCGUCUCCGCCCGUAACCAAUCACCCUCCGGGCGCAGGAAACUGCCCGCUAUCCCGGCGGGCGCCGCCAGCAGCAAGUUCCCUUCCGUUAUACGCAUCACACGCGCUCAACUCCAGCAGCUGACAGCUCAGCAGUCCCAGUCUGGCUCAGACUGUGCUCCACAGUGCCUACAACUGGAGAGACGAGGAGAUGCCACAGCUGAGGCCCAGCAGCCCCAGGAUAAUACUGCUACCACUGACAUCUACAUCCUGCCCACCCCUAGCCAGCCUGGCAGCCCCACCAGCCUGGAUGACCUCCUGGCAGAUACCCUGAUCAACGGAGGAGACACCCAGACCUACACCAAAGCCCACAGCCCUGUGCCAAGCCGAGCGUCCUCUCCUCGCUCCCCCCGUUCUCCUCGCUCCCCCCGUUCUCCUCGUUCCCCCCGUUCUCCUCGUUCCCCCCGUUCUCCUCGCGCCCCCCGUUCUCCUACCUCCCCCCGUUCUCACUCCCCCCGUUCUCACUCCCCCCGUUCUCCUACCUCCCCCCAUUCUCACUCCCCCCGUUCUCCUACCUCCCCCCGUUCUCCUACCUCCCCCCGUUAUCACUCCCCCCGUUCUCCUACCUCCCCCCGUUAUCACUCCCCCCGUUCUCCUACCUCCCCCCGUUCUCACUCCCCCUGUUCUCCUCGCUCCCCCCGUUCUCUUCAUUCUCCACGUUCUAAGUCCCCUCGCUCCCCCCGUUCUCUUCAUUCUCCACGUUCUAAGUCCCCUCGCUCUCCCCGUUCUCUUCAUUCUCCACAUUCUAAUUCUCCUCGCUCCCCCCGUUCUCUUCAUUCUCCACGUUCUAAUUCCCCUCGCUCCCCCCGUUCUCCUCAUUCUCCACGUUCUAAUUCCCCUCGCACCCCCCGUUCUCUUCAUUCUCCACGUUCUAAUUCCCCUCGCUCCCCUCGUUCUCUUCUUUCUCCACGUUCUAAUUCCCCUCGCUCCCCCCGUUCUCUUCAUUCUCCACGUUCUAAUUCCCCUCGCUCCCCCCACAGCCCACUGUUAGGCCUAGUAAACGGCCAUCUCUCUCCCCCAGCUAACGGCCAGGGAGACGGCAGUGGCAGUGGAGCCUUCCCAGAGCUCAAAGACCCAGAGAGUGACCAACCCCAGCCUGUUAGGGGAGAUGGGGUGGAGACCACUGACCAAACCCCAGCUCUGACCACCCCAUCUCCGCCACCCAGCCCCCGUAAGGACCCCUCCCGCAGGCUGAGCCGUAUCCCCGUCCUGCUAGACCUUCUCCCCACCCCUGGCUCUGCCAUGGAGAAGCUGCUCCAGAAGAAAGCCCCCCACCACCAGAGAGGAGGCCACCACCCAGCCCCUUCUCUCUCUAUCUCCCACCGCGGCCCCGCCGUGGCCUCGCUCCCCCACGGGGACCAGCUAUCCUCCGCCUCAGACCGUUCUGAGAAGGCCGAUGAGUCGUUCCUGGGCUCGCGCUCUGACUGCCAGGGGGAUGACGCCCCCUCCCUCUCCUCCUCUUCCAGCCCCCUGUUCCGUAAGAGCAAGAUCCCACGCCCUUUUAACCCUGCUAACCCGGCCCCAGAGCAGGAGAGUCGUGCACAGUACCUUCCACGCCCACCCCCGGGGAGACCACCCAGUCGGCUUGCAUCGGAGGGCAGACUGAAGCGUUAUCGGAUCCGAGCGGGCAGCACAAGCGACUCAGACCUCCUGACCUGUCUGUCCCAGCUGAUGCACCAUGGUCAGGGUGGUGGUUCUGCACGCGGUUCCCCCCACCACGGCCACUCCUCAGCCCAGCUUGUAGGCUCCCGGAUGGGCAUGUGUAGCCUGACCAGCUCCCCCCACCAACAUCACCACCGGAGCUCCAGUGCCUCCCCACGCAGCUGUUCCUCUCUACAGCGCUCUGUCUCCUCCUCCCCCUCUCGCCACGAACACCGCGGGGGAGAGCGAGGCAGAGGGGUUUGUUUUGGUCGCUCCUGUUCUCCUCCCAGCUUCUCUGGGUCCCCCCCUCCUCCCCGGCGCUCCUACCCCCACCAUCAGGAGAAAUGCUGCGGCCGCCAGGCCCGCACCGGUUCCCACCACCACCACGCCCUCAAGUGGAAAGCCUGCAGCCGCGAGGAGAGAGAGAGGAAGUGCUCCAGCAAGCUGAGCAGCAGAUAAUGGGUCACUGCUCUGGCCCUGGUCCUAGCCUGACCCAUACAAACCUCUGGGCCCGUUUAUUCAAGUGUCUCAGAGUAGGACUGCUGAUCUAGGAUCAGUUUGGCCUUUUAGGUAAUAAUGAGUAAGAUUACAUGGACAAUCGUAUUCAUUAUGACCUAAAAGGUUAGACUGAUCCUAGAUCAGUAGUCUUAUUGUGAGAUGCUUUAUGAGUAUGGCCUGGGAGUCAGUGUCGUUGCCACAGCAGAGGGUGGGAUCAGGAUGUUGAUGCAGACCAAACGAUCCUGCUCUGGAUCAAUGAAGACCUGAGGCUUCUGUCAGAGCAUACUGCACAUAAUGUCCCCCCCUCUCCUCUCCUGUUCUCUCUCUCUCUCGUUCACUUGUAAUCCUUCACACUUUCUUCUCUAAUUCCUACCAUUUGGUCAUUGUUUAGUCACUAUUUCAUAUGCCCACUUUAAUAGUUCAUACCUAAUGCCAAAAGGAUCUCUGUGCAUUAUACUGUGCUGUAUAAGAUGUUGGUGUUCUUACUUGUGGGGUGUUUCCCCUCAUAUCAUCAGGAAAGUGAACACACUUAGCUCUCAUUCAGAAUACCUUAGGUCAGUUAGUGGAUGAGCACUCAUUUAUACAUCACUAACCAAUUUAAUAUAGACUCAGUCUAUUCUGUUUCCUCUGUACUGACCUGGGGAGUGCAAGGUAUAGCAGGUCUACAUUUAUGGCCAUGAAGCUCCAGAGAAAUGUACACUACCUACAGAACCUAUUUAUUUACAUCUUGACACACUUGUCACACCAGGUACACACGAACUGAUGACAUCAUCGAUUGAUGUGUCCUCGCUCUUUCUCUCUCUCUGACUUCAGAUGUACAGUGAGUGUCGUUUAUUUCAAAGGCAUUUAAAGCAAUCAAUUGAUCAAUGAUAGAAGUGAUCAGUCUUUUGAGAAGGAAGUGAUCCUUCCUUUAAUACAAUCAUAUAAAAUGUGUGUGUGCUCACACACGUACUUGUGCCUAAUGUGUUGACUGAUCUGGGGAAUCUAAAUGGCCAACUAAAUGUGUGAUUGAACACUAGUCACUGGGCCAUGAUUCCCUUUGUAUGCUCCUCUUCAGAAUGGAAUCGGACUUUGUGUCCCAAUUCUUUACCCUUCUGCCCUGGACUUCAUAGGAAAUUAAUGGUGUAAGAGAUAUGAUGGCAACCCUCCCUAACCUUGCCCAUGCUUACAACCAUCCAAUUAAUUUAAAUAUAUGGAUGGGGGGGGGGGGGGGUUGGGAUGCCUGCUGAUAACACUUAUGGUACUCAUUACUACACUAGUGGUGAAUACUAAGUUAUUAUUAUUAUUCGUGUAUAAUGUGUGCCUUGCCUUGGCGCUUUGAACAGCUUCUGGUUUCACUGCAAAGUAUGUUUCUCAUUUUUAUUCAAGGAGCCUAAUAAGACUAAUUUGUUCCAGCUGCAAAGACAGACAAUCCUCAUCAUGUGAUUGUAGCAGUCUUAUUCACUACAAAGACAGACAAUCCUCAUCAUGUGGUUGUAGCAGUCUUAUUCACUACAAAGACAGACAAUCCUCAUCAUGUGAUUGUAGCAGUCUUAUUCACUACAAAGACAGACAGUCCUCAUCAUGUGAUUGUAGCAGUCUUAUUCACUACAAAGACAGACAAUCCUCAUCAUGUGGUUGUAGCAGUCUUAUUCACUGCAAAGACAGACAGUCCUCAUCAUGUGGUUGUAGCAGUCUUAUUCACUACAAAGACAGACAGUCCUCAUCAUGUGGUUGUAGCAGUCUUAUUCACUGCAAAGACAGACAGUCCUCAUCAUGUGAUUGUAGCAGUCUUAUUCACUACAAAGACAGACAGUCCUCAUCAUGUGGUUGUAGCAGUCUUAUUCACUACAAAGACAGACAAUCCUCAUCAUGUGGUUGUAGCAGUCUUAUUCACUACAAAGACAGACAGUCCUCAUCAUGUGAUUGUAGCAGUCUUAUUCACUACAAAGACAGACAGUCCUCAUCAUGUGGUUGUAGCAGUCUUAUUCACUACAAAGACAGACAGUCCUCAUCAUGUGGUUGUAGCAGUCUUAUUCACUACAAAGACAGACAGUCCUCAUCAUGUGAUUGUAGCAGUCUUAUUCACUACAAAGACAGACAGUCCUCAUCAUGUGAUUGUAGCAGUCUUAUUCACUACAAAGACAGACAGUCCUCAUCAUGUGAUUGUAGCAGUCUUAUUCACUACAAGGAAAAGGAAGCCAAGUUAAUGUUUUUAUUUCAUUUAUUCAGACAAUAUUUGAAGAAAUAUCAUUUUUAUUUAUGAUAUUAAAGAAAGGAAAUGUUUUAAACUAAAAUGUAGAUAUUAUGUUUUGUAUAAAGUUUAGUUCAGGUCCAACAUUUAUGUCAAAUAAUAUCCUAAUAUUUCUGUCAGAGUUUCCCUCCUCCGGACCUCCAGUACCCCCAACAGCACACGUUGUUGUAGCCCCGGACAAACAUACCUGAUUUAGUUCAUGGAGGGCUUGAUGAUUAGUUGACAAGUUGAAUCAGGUGUGCUUAUCCAGGGCCACAAUAAAAAUGUGUUCUGUUGUGGGUACUGGAGUUGGAAACACUGAUUUAUGGCAUAUAAAUAUCCUAUACCAAAUCAAUGUUUCAAACUCCCAAAGGAUAAAAAACAUGUGAAGAAGAAUGUUGUCUUUGCUUUGUAAUGACAUGUUUUGUGCACUAUUAUUUCAAACAGUUAAUGUAUUGUUUGAGAACCAACCCCAUUUUCUUUACUUCAUAAAGACUCAAUGAACACUCAUGUAAACCCUCCCUCACCUUACCUUGGUUCUACCUACUACACCCUCUCCCUUAGCCUGAAACCCAGAACCAGUUUUGUGCUGACAUUCCACUCGUUGUACUCCGUGUCAUUGUCAAGCAUUGGCACGACAAGGAGUGGUAUGAUAGCAGAAACAGUGAUACGCAGGCUACCUCUUCCCACCCCCCUGCUUGUAAUAUACUGUGAUAUAACUAACUCAUGCUUCCAGCACUACUACGCCUUGCAUGAGCUGCCUACCAAGAAAAGAGAAAAACAAUCAACCAAUCAGUGAAGUAAGCAGCAUACCAGUUCCCAUAAUGCACUGUGAUUGUCUGAAAGGGAAUUAUGUUUGUUGGGUAGUACCACAUGUAUUUUGGUUGGAAUAUUUAAUUUGCUUAGUUUUCCCUUUCGUCUCAUGAUCUCGUUCACUCUUAUCGUCCCACUUGACCCACAGCAUUGGCCUGGUUUCCUAGCUCUCCAAUGCUCACAUCUUAGGACUACUGUACUGACUCAUUACUGCUAAAAAACAAACUUUUUAUUUUACAUCUGUCUGAUUGGCCUAUUAUCAUGAUGUGACACAUGCAUAGUAUGGUCUGAUUGGCCUAUUAUCAUGAUGUGACACAUGCAUAGUAUGGUCUGAUUGGCUUAUUAUCAUGAUGUGACAAAUGCAUAGUAUGGUCUGAUUGGCUUAUUAUCAUGAUGUGACACAUGCAUAGUAUGGUCUGAUUGGCCUAUUAUCAUGAUGUGACACAUGCAUAGUAUGGUCUGAUUGGCCUAUUAUCAUGAUGUGACACAUGCAUAGUAUGAAUAACGUGUAGAGGAAAAUAAUUGCCUUAAUCUAAAGUACUUGUAUCAUACAUCCAUCAUCUACUGUAAUACUGCAGUAUGAGAUGAACUAUAAUGAUCUACUGUAAUUCUGCAGUAUUAGAUUAACUAUAAUGAUCUACUGUAAUUCUGCAGUAUUAGAUUAACUAUAAUGAUCUACUGUAAUUCUGCAGUAUGAAAUGAACUAUAAUGAUCUACUGUAAUUCUGCAGUAUUAGAUGAACUAUAAUGAUCUACUGUAAUUCUGCAGUAUGAAAUGAACUAUAAUGAUCUACUGUAAUUCUGCAGUAUGAAAUGAACUAUAAUGAUCUACUGUAAUUCUGCAGUAUGAGAUGAACUAUAAUGAUCUACUGUAAUUCUGCAGUAUGAGAUGAACUAUAAUGAUCUACUGUAAUUCUGCAGUAUUAGAUGAACUAUAAUGACCUACUGUAAUUCUGCAGUAUGAGAUGAACUAUAAUGAUCUACUGUAAUUCUGCAGUAUGAGAUGAACUAUAAUGAUCUACUGUAAUUCUGCAGUAUGAGAUGAACUAUAAUGAUCUACUGUAAUUCUGCAGUAUGAGAUGAACUAUAAUGAUCUACUGUAAUUCUGCAGUAUGAGAUGAACUAUAAUGAUAUGCAGUAUGUCAAGUGGAUUGUUUUACUUGGUCCAUUGUGGUUGAUGGUAUUGGUACCUGCCUACAGUCUGGUGGCAUUCCAGGUUGUUUACAUUACAGACAUGUUGAUACAGAUCUGAUUGAACUAAGAUAUCUACAUUGCAGGAACCCCAUAAAUUACUUAAUGAUCUGUCUCACAGGGCAAUGUGUAGGCAGCCUGGAACGCCCCCUCUUUCUCACAGAGCGACAUGUAGGCAGCCUGGAAAACCCUCUCUGUCUUACAGAGCAACAUGUAGGCUGCCUGGAACACCCUCUCUGUCUUACAGAGCAACAUGUAUGCAGCCUGGAACACCCUCUCUGUCUUACAGAGCAACAUGUAGGCUGCCUGGAACACCCUCUCUGUCUUACAGAGCGACAUGUAGGCUGCCUGGAACACCCACUCUGUCUUACAGAGCAACAUGUAGGCAGCCUGGAACACCAUUCUGUCUCACGGAACAACAUGUAGGCAGCCUGGAACACCCUUCUGUCUUACAGAGCAACAUGUAGGCAGCCUGGAACACCCUCUCUGUCUUACAGAGCAACAUGUAGGCAGCCUGGAACACCAUUCUGUCUUACAGAGCAACAUGUAGGCUGCCUGGAACACCCACUCUGUCUUACAGAGCAACAUGUAGGCUGCCUGGAACACCCUCUCUGUCUUACAGAGCAACAUGUAGGCUGCCUGGAACACCCUCUCUGUCUUACAGAGCGAAAUGUAGGCUGCCUGGAACACCCUCUCUGUCUUACAGAGCGACAUGUAGGCUGCCUGGAAAACCCUCUCUGUCUUACAGAGCAACAUGUAGGCAGCCUGGAACACCCUUCUGUCUCACGGAAAAACAUGUAGGCUGCCUGGAACACCCUCUCUGUCUUACAGAGCAACAUGUAGGCUGCCUGGAACACCCACUCUGUCUUACAGAGCAACAUGUAGGCUGCCUGGAACACCCUCUCUGUCUUACAGAGCAACAUGUAGGCUGCCUGGAACACCCACUCUGUCUUACAGAGCAACAUGUAGGCUGCCUGGAACACCCUCUCUGUCUUACAGAGCGACAUGUAGGCAGCCUGGAACACCCUCUCUGUCUUACAUAGCGACAUGUAGGCUGCCUGGAACACCCUCUCUGUCUUACAGAGCGACAUGUAGGCUGCCUGGAACACCCUCUCUGUCUUACAGAGCGACAUGUAGGCUGCCUGGAACACCCUCUCUGUCUUACAGAGCGACAUGUAGGCUGCCUGGAACACCCUCUCUGUCUUACAGAGCGACAUGUAGGCUGCCUGGAACACCCUUCUGUCUCACGGAGCAACAUGUAGGCAGCCUGGAACACCCUUCUGUCUCACGGAGCAACAUGUAGGCAGCCUGGAACACCCUUCUGUCUCACGGAGCAACAUGUAGGCAGCCUGGAACACCCUUCUGUCUCACGCAGCAACAUGUAGGCAGCCUGGAACACCCUUCUGUCUUACAGAGCAACAUGUAGGCAGCCUGGAACACCAUUCUGUCUCACGGAACAACAUGUAGGCAGCCUGGAACACCCUUCUGUCUCACGGAGCAACAUGUAGGCAGCCUGGAACACCAUUCUGUCUCACGGAACAACAUGUAGGCAGCCUGGAACACCCUUCUGUCUCACGGAGCAACAUGUAGGCAGCCUGGAACACCAUUCUGUCUCACGGAGCAGCUAUGAUGGGACUCAUCCCAAGGCCAACACAGACAGUGUUCAGUCAGUCAGUCGCCUUAAUCAUGUCUUUUCUCUUCUCUUCCCCUGGCUGUGUGUAAAGCAAGGGAUAACUGAACUGUGUCUGUAUGUGUACUCUGUGCUGAGGAUCACUCCACUGCUUAGCACCAACCUACUGUCAGGUUCCUCCCAUAGGCUGUAUAGGGUUCUCCGUUUCCCUCUUUGACAGGUGUGUUAUUUGUCAUAUGCGCCACAUACAACAGGUGUAGACUUUACUGUGAAAUGCUUAUUUACGAGCCCUUUCCCAACAAUGCAGAGUCAAAAAGGACAAAUAAUUAGCUAAAUAAAAAAGGGAAUAGUAACACAAUAAAAUAACAGAAACGAGACUAUAUACAAGGAGUACCAGUACAGAGUCAAUGUGCAGGGGUACGAGGUAACUGAGGUAAUAUGUACAUGUAGGUAGGGGUAAAAGUGACUAGGCAAUCAGGAUAAGUUGAUAAACAGAUUAGCAGCCGUGUGUGUGUCGUCAUUAUGCAUGUGUGAGCGUGUGUGUGUGUGUUCUGCCUUUACAGAUCUGUGGGAACAAUUCCUCCAGCAAAUUAGUGUCAGAUAGAUUGCUUUGCUUUCUGUUGGCAGCUCUGGUCUUAUUGGCUCGUUUGGCCCGAUCAAGUUGUCCAUUAACUGGACAGAAUGCGUGACUUCAACGUCAGUAACAAUAUGACCAGUGAGCUGUGUCUGGGUUCUGGAAUCAGAACCGGGUUUGAGUGUUCGAAGGGUUUUAAAUUCCUCUUGGUUGUAUGAUAAAGGUCCGUUUUUACAUCCAGAGAUUGUGAUGUAAAAAUCCAUAUAGUACCACACCAAGCAGUAUUGCGAUAUCUUUUAAAUUUUAGGCUAUAUUCGGUACUUCCAUAAGUUAACAAACUGCAACUUUUUUAAUAUAUAACUGUAAAAAGUGAAAGUAUUAGUUUCAAAGAUCAUCUUGAUGAACCACAACAUUUCUUCAGUAACGGCUUCAGUAAAAGCAAAGAGCUAAAGGAAUAAACAGUGAUGCCAAUAAUCAAUACAUUAAUCAUACUUGUAUUGUAUUGUUAUUAUUGCACAAACAAAGUGGUAUAUUGUUAUUUUCCUGACUGAGAUUAUGAUAUGUCACUGGUGACAUGGUGGUGUGAUUGUAAAGGUGUCACAAAGCUGUCAUAGCAUGCCUGUAUCUGUGCUCCAAUGAUUGUACUCAUUCAUGGCCAGGCCACACAGAUACAGAGUCAAAAAGUUGGAAGUUUUUGGGACAAUAGGCUAAACAUCUAAGAACAACAACAAAUUGAUAUAUUGGGUGUAUGGAUGCUCAUUGUUGCCUGUGUGACUUCAGUGUUAGAUAUUUCUUGAAAUGGUUCACAUUUUAGUCCUGUGUUGCAACGGUUUAGAAAUAUGUGUACAGUCAGAAGGAAAGACUGUAACAAGGGGAAGAUCUACAUUGUACAUAACUGUAAUUAUAUAUGUUAAUUUUAUCAUUCAUACCAUAUCAAUGCCUUGUACAGUGUUUUUUUCAGUUCAUUUAAAAUUAUUUUUUAUUUUAUUUUUAUAAACUGGUUAUAAAUAAAAUACUCAUUCAGCAUGCAGAAAAUGAUA